GAGAGCGAACGGGAAGGAGAAAAAAGAAAGUGGAAAAAGUUAGAGGGAAACAAAAGGCACAGAAAGUUAAGGAGGAGGGGGAGAGAGUAAUAUAUUUUUGAGAGGAGAAGGGGCCAGAAAGAGAGGGAAUAGCUGGAAGAAAAAGAGGAUGGAUAGAUAGGAGAGGUGACCAAUAGAGGGAAACUAGGAGCAGACUGGGUCUAGAUUAGGUAGACACUCAGACAGAGCUUGAAUUUCUUACUGAUCUUGAAAACCCCACAUGACUUACUCCCUUCUGAACAAAAUGAAAGUAGUUGCUUUAAUAAGUGGUGGAAAGGACAGCUGUUACAAUAUGAUGCAGUGUGUAGCAGCUGGACAUGAAGUGGUGGCAUUAGCUAAUUUAAGACCUGCUCAACACAAAGAUGAGCUUGACAGUUACAUGUAUCAGACUGUGGGACAUGAAGCUAUCGAUCUGUAUUCUGAAGCCAUUGGCUUGCCACUGUACCGUCACACUAUCCAAGGUAGCAGCCUGGCAAUUGGAAGAAAUUACAACAAAUGUGAAGGUGAUGAAGUGGAAGACCUUUACCAUCUUCUGAAAACUGUUAAGGAAAAGGAAGGAGUGGAAGGAGUUUCAGUUGGUGCCAUUCUUUCGGACUACCAGCGCAUCAGAGUGGAAAAUGUGUGCAGGCGGCUUAAUCUUCAGCCUUUGGCUUACCUCUGGCGUCGAAACCAGGAAGAUCUGCUGAGAGAGAUGAUAUUGUCUAAUGUUCAAGCCAUGAUAAUCAAAGUCGCAGCUUUUGGUCUAGAUCCAGAAAAGCAUCUUGGGAAGACAUUGGAUCAGGUAGAACCAUAUCUCAAACAGAUUUCUCAGAAGUAUGGAGUACAUGUUUGUGGAGAAGGUGGAGAGUAUGAAACCUUUACACUGGAUUGUCCCUUAUUCAAGAAGAGGAUAGUUAUUGAUUCCUCAGAAAUAGUUGUACAUUCUGCUGAUGCAUUUGCACCUGUGGGCUACCUCAGAUUAUUAAAGUUGCAUCUGGUGGAUAAACCCAAUAUACCAGCCAACAUAGCAUUUGCUGAAAGGAAGCCCUGUUUGUCUUGCUGUGAUCAGGAGAGUAGUGCAGAAAAAGAGGACAAUAGAGACAUGUCAAAACCACAGAUCACUUGGAAUCUCACCUCAAGUAGUUUAUCUGAUGUUGACAUGUUGAAUCAUUGGUCUGGGAGCACAAAAAAUGGGUACCAGUGGAUUAGCGCAACACAUUUUCCCAUGGAAGGGAAAAACAUUAAUGAUGCAACAAAGCAGACAUUCUCCCUACUUCAAGCGGAGUUGGCAACGAAAGAGUACGAGUUAUCAGACAUCAUUCUGCUUCAUCUGUAUGUGAAGAACAUGAGAGAUUUUGGAAUCAUAAACUCAAUCUAUGAGUCCUACUUCAAUCUAAAUCCACCUGCAAGGGUUUGUGUGGAAGCCUCGUUACCUGAUGGAGUGCCACUUCAAAUUGAUUGCCUCAUGCACAAAAAUAGGUUAACCUUGCAGGGUACAAUCGAACAGCAAAAGGAGACCAUGCAUGUUCAGAGCAUUUCACACUGGGCCCCUGCUAACAUAGGACCUUACAGCCAGUCAGUCAAGAUUCUUUCAUGAUAAAGGACCUUCCAGCUUUGAGUGCCUGCCUGCUGCCUUAGUGAAGUGGCAAGCGUGACUUGUGGACCAUCCAUGCAAAUUCAGUAUCAGAGGACUGCUCCCAACAUGGAGUGGAAUAAGAACCUUAUUUAAUUCCCCAACAUCAUAGUCCUGAACCAUAAAAGAAAAUCUACUCUGUGUUAUACUGUUUGGAUGGCCUGUUUUUGUACAAAAGGAGAGAUUAGGCUAUCAUACUUAACUGUUAGACAACCAUUGGAGGGGCAUAAGGUCCCAUCCAUUGAGGAGAUUUGCACUCUGAAGAAAGGACCUUGACAAGACACAUAUGGCAAAAGUGGUACUUUGGUAACUUUUUGUAUCAGGCAUAUAAUGCAGUAACGUAACAAAGAUGAUGCUAUUGGACAUUUAGCAGCUGUUCGAUUUACAAAUUAUCAUCAUCACUGUAUUGGACUGUUGGAUACAGAAUUAAUAUGAAAGAAUUAGCUUUCAGUGCAAUGUAUGAAUUAUUUCCCUUCAGUAAUCGCAAUGUUACUUCGAUGUUAUGAACCAACUGGCCAAUUGUUAACAGAAUGAAGGCACCAAAAUGUAAGUGAAACUUUGAUAAAAGCUAAAAUGUGACCCUAAUUUAUGACCCUAGUUCAUGAUUAAGAAUUCAAAAGGUAAUUUUCAGUGAUUGCAAACGGAUUUCAUCUAUAUUAUUCACUUGCUCCUUCUGAUGUAAUUUCCCUCCUAGUUGUAAUUUUUUUCCCUCCCUUCAGCAACAGGUCAAUUGAAUGAACAUUUGUACUGUGGAAGUCUGGGAGUCUGGAAUGAAUUGGUAAACUGGUGUCCAUCAUUUGCUGUAGAAGGUCAGAGCUGAAAUUGACCCACCCUUAGCCCCAAAUCUUCCAAUAUGCAGAUACUUUACUAGUUCACGAUUAGGAGUUAGAAUAUUGUCUUAUUUUUCAUCUCCCUCCCCCCUUUUUCCAACUCAAUUAUCGCACUAUGUUGUGCCAGAUAAAAUCAUCCAAUUCAAUACAACCUCUGAAAAUCAAGUCGUCUCCAUCUCGAAAUUAACAGCAUCCGGUGAAGGAUUGGGAAUUCUGAAAUACCAGCAUUGCAGAAGUCAUUUUCAGCUAUCAACAUUUUCUACUUAAUAAUGCUACUUUUGUUCUACAUGUAUCAAGUCUGUAAAUGUAAACCCUUUGAUGCAGAAUGUUGAUGCAGGACAUUUCUUGUAUUAAAAUAAAUCGGUAGCAAGGAUUUUCAGGUGGAAAAUUUUGGACAAUUAUAUCCGAAGUGUUCUUUAAUUAAUCUCUUAUGUGUCUGGAGAAAAGCCAUUUUAUAAAAUACUCUUCAGUACUGGUUAAUAUAGGCCUCAGAUAGCUGUAAUCACAUGCUUAAAAUUGCAACUUGCGCCAUCUUAAUCGAAAUGAUACAAAAACAACACUAUGGCAGUUACAGCACAAAAAUACACGUGAAGUUGUCCUUAGAGCAGCCAUAUUAGAAUAAUUCUGUUUUACGUGAUGGCAUUAGAAUGCAGGUAUGAUGAAUGAUUUAAAUUCCCUAUCUGGAAUGAAUUGAGUGCCAUUGAUGUACAGUGAUGCUGAUACAUUUCAGGUUAUUCAGCAAUGUACCUGAAUAUGGGGCAAAAAAUAUUCUGAAAAAGAUUUAGAUAAUGUUUUUGAAAAAUAUCAGUUCCGAGAUCAUUGCAAUGUAGUUCAAUAAAUGUUUAAAAGUUUCCUAUGGGUUUUGUUUUCAAUCAAAUGCAAUAGUGCUGAAUAAAUAAGAUCACCAUUAUUGUAUAAAAUCUGUUAACCCUGAUGGAUGCAUGGUGUGAUGGGAAUCAGGAUAUAGUGGGACUCAGGGCGAGAUGAGAUUCGGGAUAUAUUAGAAUUUGAAGGUUGAUGGGAUUCAGGAUAUAAUGGAAUUGCUGACAAGUUGGCAAGGCACUCAACCUGAUGUUUUACAGCAAUUCUUGCCAUGUCUUCCUCCAACUAGGCGUUUAGAGGGUAACUGCGGCCCUUCUCUAAAAUCAGGUCCUGGAUGUAGAAAUCCUGACAGGUCACAAUCAACAGCACUGCCUCAAAGGUUAUGGCAGAGCACCCAACAUCCUAAGGUCCAAGGAUCCCCAGCACCCACCUAUUUAAAUCACCUUCCUGCCUCCAGACACACCACCACAGUCACCAGAAGAUCCCAACAGGUCAUCUUCGUGGUCACCAUUAUUGAUGCCAACCUUCCGUUUUUAUGAUGUUGGUUUCCCAACUGUCAUGAUGGGAUUUAAAUACCUGUCUUCUUAUCAAACUUGA